AUGAAACAUCUACCCUUAGUAUGUUUCUUUGAUUUGUUAGAAUCCCCCUCACUUUCUUGAAAACUCUCAUUCAUUUCGUCCCAAGAACUUUCUUUCUUUGUUGUUGCCUCUUUGACUGUAAACACAGAAUCAAUGUAAACACAGGCAUUAAAUGUCUAUGCCUAUUCAAAGAAAUAGAGGAAACUGCUUGCAAUAGAGAUAGAAAUGGCAUAGACACAAGAUUGAUUGAAAUGUAUUGCCAAAGGUAACCUUCAGAGGAGACAUUUAUCAUUGCCUUUUUAAAUCUCCCGUGCGUCCGUGAUGAAUUUGCAAAGUCGUCGAUGGUUACAUCUGCGAUAAAAAAAGAGACAAAUACAGCGAUGUACGCCUUUCGAACAACGGAUCAAAUCGUGUCGAAUUGUCUCUCGAAAUAUAAUAGUAAAACGAUGAUUAACCUCCAAUCAAAUUGUCACUGCCAUUCUCUGCGUUUACUUUUUUGCUAGAUUUUUUCCUUAGAAUAGGCAUUAUGUUAGGUGCUACUGUUACGAUAUCUAUAAAUUACGUUACGAUAUCUAUAAAUUAAUCAGGUACCAGAUUGCAACGGAAUAAAAUCUAAAAAUUUACAACUAUUUACACUAGUUAACAGACGACACAGUAAACACCCAUACUUUUCAGUGAUGUCAAUGCGUUCAAUCUGUGCCGGGCAUCGGAUCAUUCUUGCGUUUAAUAAUUUCGUAGUUGUAAAUACUUCGGUUUUUUCCAGUGCCGAUAAGAGAGAAUAAUUCACAUUUAAUUUGUAUGUAAAUAAAUUUUUAACUCUCGACUAUUGUAAAUUUCUAAAUAUGUAUGCAAUCAUAUGUUCAGCAGGCUAACGUAAACAGUAACCGAAAAUACGUUGAAAUAGCAGGUCGCAGAAUUUUGUGAAAAUGAACAUUUGUACAAAAUAUGAGAAAUGUAUUUUCAAUUUCUUGCAACGGCAGAAUUGUUGCUUAAGAUGUUGUUUCCGUUUCAUUGGAUGCCGUACACCGAAUUGUUACGAGGACCCUAUUAAGUUUGCAAAGAACGCUGGAUAUAUUGAAACAGAUGAUGUUCCUUUCAGCAAGAAGAUACCUUGCAUGGCUUGUUUGGGGAUUCUCCAGAAUGACAUACAAGAACAAAUCGUUAAAGAAAUUUGUGUCGAGGUGGAAAAAGAAAAUUACGAUAGUGGAACGUUUGUAUGUGCAUUGACAAUACCAGUAUGCGUCAAUCUCAGAGAACGUUUCUUAUGUGUACAUUGCGCUACCCAACUUGAUCUUUCAGAAGAUGCACUAUUAGAUCUUAAACUCAGAUUGCAAAACGUUAAAGAUGUUUGGAAGUGGAUGGUAACCCCUAAAAUAGAACAGACUAUUAAAAAGCAUGUAGAUUCGAUAACACCUUCUCCAUUUUUAAUUGAAAUUAUUUUAACGUAUAAAUUUAACAAGAAAGAGUGUGAAGUGUUAUUGGCGUGCAAAGACACAAACAACACAGAAAGUAAACGAAAGAAAAAAUGUUAUGAUAAUAGAUUCAGUAGAAAAAGUAUGGAGGCUCUGAUGACCAAAUUAACAGACAAUGAAUUUUUCGAGUACUUCAAAUAUGUGUCAUUCGAAAAAUUUGACACUAUCGAUGUGGAAAAUAUUAUUUGCUCACAUUCGAGUAUUUUUAUAGGAGGGCGGUAUAAUAAAUUAUCUAGGGAACUCAGCCAAACUCCAUGGUUUAUAAACGGUGAGAAAAAGAUGCAGACGUCUGUUCAAGACAUAUUAUGUACUCCUAUUAUUGAAGUAACAAAAACUCAGUGUAAAGAAGACGUGGACGUCAGAAAUAUUUAUAAUGGAAGACCAUUCGCGGUCGAAUUAAUUAAUCCCCGAAUGACCAAAAUAACAGAGGAACUGUUGUCAGAUUUAGUUAAUAAAAUUAAUGAAUCCUCACGGCAAGUACAAAUUACAUCGAGCUUAAAAGUUUUAUCUAGGCAUGAUCUGAAAAGGUUGAAAGAAGGUGAGAACGUUAAAACGAAACUUUAUCGAGCACUUUGCGUUUGUCGUAAUGCAUCUAGAGAUAUGUUAUCUCUUGAAAAAUUAAAUAAUUUAAAACGCCUGAGGAUAGUCCAAAAAACGCCAGUGAGAGUGUUGCAUCGGCGGCCUUUAAGUCCUAGAGAACGGUUAAUAUAUGAAAUGAGAGCUCGCUGGGUCGAACUUCAAGAAUUAAAGAAGCUGGAUAUUACCGACGAUACUAGCACAUUUUUCGUUCUAGAUAUUAAAACGCAAGCUGGGACAUACGUAAAGGAAUUUGUGCACGGAGAUUUUGGUCGAACUAAACCAAGUUUGUGCGAUAUUCUUAACGUCGAGAUCGAUAUAGUCGCAUUGGACGUGACGGGGAUCAAUUUAAAUUGGCCAUAA